AUCGCUAAAACUGGUGGCAGCGCGGAUUGAAUCAGUUAUCGAGCCAGUUAUCGAAAAAAAGUGAAGCGUAAAAACUAAACGGUACUUGGAAAAUUUACUUUGCCUGUGUGCGUGCUUCUGUUUAUGAAAACUACGUUUUUAAGCAUUUGCAAUUGAUGCAACGUUGCGUUGGAAGGCAAGAAAACAGCAAGUGGAAACGCCCGGGUGGCGGAAAUCGACUUCCAGUGCGCGAGUGCGAGAUUGUGUGUGUGUUUCGUUCCGUCCUCUGGUGUCUGGCACCUUAACACAACAACAACUACAGCAGCAACAACAACAAAAACAAGCAGCAGCAACAACAACAUACGCACAAUAAUAAGAAGGCCCGUGACGUUGUCGCUGCCGUCACCAUCAAAAGGAAAAUACCAAAACGAGUAGGAAAACAAACCGCAGUGCAGUAGGGAAAGCAAAAGUCGCGUUUUUUUUUUACAAAACUAGGUCCCCCAUUCGCUUGUCCGUAGGGUUAGUGAAACAGCCUCAACACGAAUUACCUACCGUUUGUUCUUCAGCGGCGAUCGACUGUGGUUGCCAGCGCCCCAGCGCCAGGAUCUGCCUCUAGGAUCCCGGAAUCGCCCACCACGACAGGCAGCAGCAACAUCAUUAACAUAAUCUACAGUCAAUCCAACCAUCCAAACAGCAGCCCCACCAGCGGCAGUGCAGAGAAAUUCAGCUGGCAGCAAUCCUGGCCAAGCAGGACCUCCGCGGCCCCUACACACGAUUCCGGAACCAUGUCAAUAAACACAACUUACGACCUCAGCUCGCCCAGCGUUACAUCGGGUCAUGCGCUUACGGAACAGAAUCAGGUCGUAAAGGAGGGGUGGCUGAUGAAGAGGGGCGAGCACAUAAAGAAUUGGCGCCAGCGCUACUUCGUGCUCCACUCCGAUGGAAGACUGAUGGGCUACCGCAGCAAGCCGGCAGAUAGUGCCAGCACGCCAUCGGACUUCCUGCUCAACAACUUUACGGUGCGCGGCUGCCAGAUCAUGACCGUCGAUCGGCCCAAGCCAUUCACCUUCAUCAUCCGCGGCCUGCAAUGGACCACGGUAAUCGAGAGGACAUUCGCCGUCGAAUCGGAAUUGGAGCGCCAGCAGUGGACGGAGGCCAUUCGCAACGUAUCCAGCCGGCUCAUUGAUGUGGGUGAGGUGGCUAUGACGCCAUCGGAACAGACAGACAUGACAGACGUGGACAUGGCCACCAUUGCCGAGGACGAGCUUUCCGAGCAGUUCUCCGUACAGGGAACGACUUGUAAUAGCAGCGGCGUUAAGAAAGUGACUUUGGAGAAUUUUGAGUUCCUCAAGGUGCUCGGCAAGGGCACCUUUGGUAAGGUUAUUCUGUGUCGCGAGAAGGCAACCGCCAAGCUGUACGCGAUCAAAAUUCUUAAAAAGGAGGUUAUUAUCCAAAAGGACGAGGUGGCCCACACCCUGACCGAGAGUCGUGUGCUCAAGUCCACAAAUCAUCCGUUCCUCAUUUCACUCAAAUAUUCGUUUCAAACCAACGACCGCCUGUGUUUUGUGAUGCAGUACGUGAACGGUGGCGAGCUCUUUUGGCAUUUAAGCCACGAACGCAUAUUUACUGAGGAUCGAACCCGUUUCUAUGGGGCAGAGAUUAUUUCUGCUCUGGGCUAUCUGCAUUCACAGGGCAUCAUUUAUCGCGACUUGAAGCUGGAAAAUCUUUUGCUGGACAAAGAUGGUCACAUCAAGGUCGCAGACUUCGGUCUGUGCAAGGAGGACAUCACCUACGGCCGCACAACGAAAACCUUCUGCGGUACACCGGAAUACCUAGCUCCGGAAGUAUUAGAUGACAAUGAUUAUGGCCAAGCGGUGGACUGGUGGGGCACUGGCGUGGUCAUGUAUGAGAUGAUCUGUGGUCGUCUUCCGUUUUACAAUCGUGAUCAUGAUGUGCUCUUUACAUUGAUUUUGGUGGAGGAGGUAAAAUUCCCGCGUAAUAUCACAGAUGAGGCGAAAAAUCUGCUAGCAGGCCUUCUAGCUAAGGAUCCCAAGAAGCGUUUGGGAGGUGGCAAGGAUGAUGUCAAGGAGAUACAAGCACAUCCGUUCUUUGCGAGUAUUAACUGGACAGACCUAGUGCAGAAAAAAAUACCGCCGCCUUUCAAGCCUCAGGUCACAUCCGAUACGGAUACAAGGUACUUCGACAAGGAGUUUACGGGAGAGAGUGUGGAGUUGACGCCGCCGGAUCCCACUGGACCUCUGGGCUCCAUAGCCGAAGAACCGCUUUUCCCGCAGUUCAGCUACCAAGGAGACAUGGCCUCCACGUUGGGCACCUCGUCGCACAUUAGUACUUCCACAAGUCUCGCAUCGAUGCAAUAGAACAAGUUUACAAACUUUUACCAGCACACAUCAUGUUCUGCUUCAUCACCUAUUACUAUACUAUACCUAUAACACAUAGAAAUGGGCAAAAGAAAACAACAGCAAGAAUAUAUUAAAUAUUAAUUAUACCAUGAUAACGAAGGCAAGCAAAGGGUUUUCUUGCUAGUUUAUAUACACCAAUAAUAAGAGAAUUGAAUUGAUAGUAA